AUGUUGGUGACCAAACUUGACAACAAGAAAAGUUUGCUACUUGAGAUUUUGAGAAAUGUUGGUGACCAGUAUACUGACAAGUAUUCAGAAAAGAGUGAUGAUGAUUUGGCUCUUACUCUCUACCGAAGCUUGAAAGGAAACAGUUAUCUGAUCAUCUUGGAUGAUAUUUGGGAUGUUGAAGCAUGGAGUAACUUACGAUAUUCAUUUCCUGAUGAUGAAUAUGGAAGUAGAAUUUUCUUGACUAGUCGAGAUGAGAAUGUAGCUUCACAGAUCGAACCACACAGUCAACCUCCUCACUCUCUUCGUUUCCUCACUAGUGAUGAGAGUGUGGAACUAUUCCGGAAAAAGAUGUCUUUUUUAGAAAACAGCCCUUCAGAUGUAGUUGCAGGUGCGAAGGCAAUAGCAGAACGUUGUGAGGGAUUGCCGUUGAUGAUUGUAGUUAUUGCCGGACUUCUAUCAAAUAUGGAGCCAUGUAAUUGGGGAGAAGUUGAAGAAACUCUGAACAAAGAAGGGUUCGUCGUAAACACCGGAAGAGAUUGCAUAGAAGAUGUUGCGGAAGGUUACAUGAUGGAGCUAGUACAUAGAAACUUAGUUAUGGUUGCUGGGAGAGAACCUGGAGGUAAGAUGGAAUUUUGCAUCCUCCAUUAUGUUUUGCGUGAUUUCUGCUUGGAAAAAGGUAAUAAAGAGCACUUUCUGCUUCAUUUACAUAGGCAUGAGCUCGGUACUUCCAUUGAGCCAAGCAUGUUAUACCGAUCACUUGUACUUCGCUCUAGUAGAGUGGAGGAUUUUGUAGAAGCCAGACCGCUUUGUCCCCGUUUACGCACCUUGUUCUUGGUUGCUGAUGACAAAGAAAUGCUUCAAUUUGUGGAACCUUGGUAUGACAUCCUAUGUAAGUUCUGUCAGUCCAAAUUUCUAAGAGUUUUGGACUUAAGGGGAAUCUAUGUGUUCAACUUCUUUCCGCGUGCAAUUCUACUUCUUGCUGAGUUGAGGUACCUGGCCUUGUAUGCUGGAGACGAUAUGGAAAUCCCAUCAUCAAUUGAGCGUCUCUCGAAUUUGGAAACCUUUAUUGUUGAAGGAUACGGAAAGCUGGUUGUUCUACUCGACACUCUCUUGAAAAUGAAAAGAUUAAGGCAUAUGUCUAGCUCUCGGAAUAAUUGGAAAUUGAAAAGAAAGGCAAAUCCUCAACAUUUUCGCAGUUUAGAGAAUCUGCAGAUUUUAUCCGGCGUAACAUUCAGUCAAUUCAAAAAACUGAAUGAAGUAAUCAGGAUGUUUCCCAAUCUCCGGAAACUUAAAUGCCAAGUGGGAACCUUAGGCAUGAUAGCACUAGAUUGUUUGAGCCGACUUGAAUCACUUUCACUCCAUAGUUUCGAGUGGACAGGGGAGGAUCUGGACUCUCAAUUUCGCUUUCCCCAGAAUCUAAAGGAGCUAACACUGUCAGGCCAUUGCCUCUCAUGGAGUAAAAUUUCCGCAAUUCAUAGGCUACCAAAGCUGGAGGUUCUCGUGUUACAGAGGGACGCAUUUGCCCGAGAAAAUUGGGACAUGGAGGAGGAGGAAGAAGGAGGAACCAUAUUCCCCAAUCUCAGGUUUCUGAAAUUGAAACAACUGGAUUUAGCUAGAUGGACGUGCGAGUCGGAUGAAACUUUCCCGUGUCUUGAGACGUUGGUAUUGGAAGAUUGUCGCAACUUGGUAGAGUUACCGUCCUGUUUAGCUCAAAUUCCAACACUUGAAAUGAUUGAGGUAAUCGGUUGUGGGCAAGCCGUACUUGAUUCGAUAAAGCAAAUUCAAGAUGCCGGUAAUGAGUUACUGAUUUCCCCCAACUGUUUACGUCACACCUAUAUUCCACCCCAGGCGGGAUGUUCUUCAAUGAUGUUUAUUGAUUUUACAGCAUCUAGUGAUGAGCUCGAUCAUGCAUUGUCGGAGGACCACACUACAGAUUCUUCUUACGUGCCAGAAGAAGGAACUGAUGAAGAAUACUGA